AUUCAAUUCACUCAAAAAAAAAAAACUUCGAAGAAAAGCAGCACGAAAAACAUCCAGCUUUCCCAAAAUUUUUUUCUCUGUGUGCAAUUGCAAAAUACCCAAAAAAAAAUUGAGAAAAUCUUCGAAAUUUUAUUUUUCAGUCGAAAAAAAACAUAGUAAUAUUCCCGGUAAGACUAAAAUUAUCUAAAUAAAAAACUCCACCAUUCUCUUGGAAAACACACAUCAUCAAUCAAAAUAAAAGAAAAAAAAAAUAAAUUCCAAUUCGCCAGCAGACAAGCUUCUUCUUCUUUCGUUCUUCUCAUAUUGAAGUGUGAGUCUCUUGUGUCUGCCUCGAGAAAAAAAAAAAUUGAGCAAAAAAGUAAAAAAUCCAAAUACUUGAAAUUUCUCAUGGAAAACUCUCCCAAUUAGCUUCGUCGUCUUCGUUGUCGUUAUUGCAACGCAAUUUUCAUUUAUUUCGGAAAUAUCAAAAAAAAAGACAAAGGUACUCUCGUCGUCGGCCUCCUCCCGAAACAACAAAUCUUCACAAUACAAAUUUUCUUUGUGUUUGUUGCUUCGUUACUUCCGAAAAUAAAUUACACUCACCUUCUGUCUGUUGUAUGUAAUCAUUGGCCAGCUUUCGCGCAAAAGAAAACCUAGUGCGGCCGUCGACGACGACGACGCUGCCAGUGCUCGAAAGCGAACUACAGCUGCUCGCCGCCGCCGUUCAAGUGCCUGUUGUGUCCCUCCUCCUGCGGAAGAAGUUAUUGCAACCUCCUCCCAAUCAAACGGAACAUCCUUGCAAACGAUGGCUGUUAAGCAAAACAACACUGAUGGUAAUGGAACGCCAGGAGCAUCUGGAACAAGUAAAUCAACAUCCCAAUCAUCAUCCUCGACAACCACACAAAAAGGUAUGAAUCCCGGCGGUACUAGUGGCAGCAAUACUGCCACCGGUUGCAGUAGUUCCCCCAACUCUGGCUCUGGAAAGAUUUCCAAUGAGACCCCAGAUCUUACGAGCAUCCUUGAUAUCAUUAACAUCAUCACGGCAGAGCAGAGCAGGGGCAAUUGCAAUUAUGAUAUUUCCCGCAUCAAUGGGGAACUUAUUCGAUUUCUGGCCCAAGUACCAAAUCCCAACCAAGAAGAUCUGAAACGAUUCAAGGAAGAUAUCGUCAAGGUUGGCGAGUACUUUGCCAAAUUUAAUGACGAACAUCAAGCCGUUACGCAUCAUUACUUGUAUAUUGUGUAUAAGUUGAUUACAGCCGAUGAGCCACCAUCGUGUGCGAUUGCCAUAGUCUUUCAGCUUUUCACUGAGGAUAUGGUUCAUGAGGCAGUGCAAAGACUGCUCACGAAUAACCUGUCCGAUACCACUAUCCGCAAGACUAUGAAGCUUCUUUGUGAAUGGAAGAUGUUGAAUUUCUGUCAGAAUUUGAAUUUCUGGAUUUUGGCCAUUUGGAGUGGUCUCAAAGAUCAGGGAAAAUUUGAUUUGCUAAAUGAUAUAGCUUUGGAGAAUAUUGAAAAACUUUUCAGAACUCUGAUGAUGCCAGUUCUGAGGCCAAUGAUGAUGCAAAUUGUGUUUCCGAUUUUGGAACCAACCAAAAAUAAGCCAGAUGUUUUCCAUAAGGUAGUUCCAUGGAUUCCCGCUGUAGUCAGUCAGCUUAAGAAGCAAGCAGAAAAAUACUCUGAUGAUACCAGAAAGUGUUUGCAAAUGCUAGUGGAUUUGACGACAGCAUUGAUGGCUACUUUCCCGGGAUACGAUGACCUUUAUAAGCCUGUGGUGGAAGCUUUGGCGGAAUUUACCCCAUCUUACGACUAUCUAAAUGCUCAUAGAGCAAAUAGUCGACUCUACGACAACAAUCGUUCUAUGAUGAAUUCCAAUGCAAAAGUCGGUUUAGUUAAUCUUGGUAACACUUGUUACAUGAACAGUGUUCUCCAAGCCCUAGCUAUGACCAAAGAAUUCAGUCGUGGAAUAUUGCUGUCGGGCAGCAAAUCCCCACUGCUUAUAAAGAUUCAAAAGCUAAUUGCAUUAAUGUUACAUUCGUCUCGAUUUGAAUUAACUCCAUCACGAGUAUUGGAUGCAACGCGUCCACCAGGAUUCACUCCAGGUCUGCAACAAGAUAGCUCAGAGUUCCUUGGCUAUUUGCUUGAUACUUUACACGAACAAGAACUUGAUGAUGCUCCAUCAUCAUCAUCGUCAUCAUCAACAACCACACAGAAGCAACUGCAACAGACACCAUCGCAACAACAGCAGCAACAACAAAUUGAACGAUCCUCGACCACAAUCGAGAAAACAUUCAUGGGCAAAUUGGCAACAACCUAUAAAUGCUUGACCUGCAGCUGGCAAAGCACAAACAUUGACAGCUUCCGCGACCUACAAUUAUCAUUUCCCGAAGUCAAAAAUGAUUGUGCAUCGAAUUACACCGUCCAAGAUCUGAUCGACUAUUAUUGUUCGUCGGAAAAACUUCACGGUGACAAUCAGUACUUUUGUGAACGCUGCAAGAAACUCUCCGAUGCCGAACGAUUCAUUAAUGUUAUAAGCGCACCAAAGAAUCUAAUAUUGACGCUUAAACACUUUAAAUAUGAUCAAAGCAAUCAUAUGCGGGCCAAACUCAUGCACAAGGUCUUCCACAAUGAGAAUGUAUCUGUCAAGGUGUGCUCAGCUGAAACCUUAGCCGAAAUUGCUUCGGUUCACUAUGAUCUCUAUGCUGGAGUUGUUCAUUCCGGAUGCAGCAUGGAUUCGGGACAUUAUUACACCUAUGCAUCAGAUGGCAACAAUAAGUGGUACAAAUUCAACGAUGAUGUUGUCAAUCAAUGCAAAAUUGCCGAGCUUAACAAUCUAACACCUCCGAAUACACCCUACAUUCUAUUCUAUCAAAUGGGUGGCCACGAAUCACCCAUUGCUCCGAGUACCAUGAUCAAAAUAGACGCUCCACAAUCGCUCAAACUUGAAGAACUCUCACCCGAGCUGCGUGACUAUGUCGAUCAUGAUAAUUGCAUGUUUGGCAAAGAACUCAAAAACCGGCGCACUAAAAUGGCUCAGACACAGACAUCAGCGUUGUUUAGCAAUAGUAGAAUUCACAGGCGAGAUGAUGGUCCAGAUGAUGAGGAUGAACAACCUCCUCCUUCUAGCGGUUGCGGCGAUAAUGCACUCAAUAGCAAUUUAAAUCGAUUUGUCUUUUAAAAGUGGACAAAAGCAGUUUGCUUGUGUGCGCGUAUGUUAGUGUUGCCGUGAUCCUUCCUAGAAACCCACCACCACCAUCACCAUCUUCCUCCCCUAUCUCUCUAGACCCACCACUUUGUUUUAUAAUAUUUAAUGUACUUUUUACGGCCCCGGGCAAAGAAAUGUAUAUAAAUAAGACUAAGACAGGUGAUACAAAAAAAAUGUAACAACUUUGUUGAUGAUGAAUCAAUCACACACACAAAAAAAGGGAAAAUACAGGAAUUUUAACUCUU